AUGAUUCCUCGUGUUCUAUGUUUUAGUAAAAACAAAGGAAUUAGCAAGUUGGUUAAAGGAGUCAAUAGCUUAUUCAUUACACUAGUUUCAAAAGUUGAUAAUUCGGUUAAGUUGUUUGAGUUUCGGUCAAUCUCAUUGGUUGGGAGUAUGAACAAGGUGCUAGUUAGAUUAUUUGCAAAUAGGUUGAAGAAGGUAAUUUAUAAAGUGGUGGCUAAAUCGCAAUUUGCUUUCUUGGAAGGGAGACAAAUAGAAGAUUGUAUCCUUAUUGCAAAUGAGUUAGUGGACAUUGCAAAGAGGAGAAAACGAGAAGCUAUGUUGUUUAAAGCUGAUUUUGAAAAGGCUUUCGAUUCGGUGGAUUAA